AUGUCACGUAGAAUGGGUUAUAGAUUCCUCACCCCACGGCGAGCCGAAGUUACACGACGAAUAGGAGAAUCUGCAGAAGGACCUUUUACCUCAAGUGAAAGCAACUAUUCUGCCUUUAAAGUUGGUAUAAAGCAUGCGAAAAAUGCUUUGAGUUCAGCUUGUUCAAGUUUUUGAAAAUAUAUUUUUCCUCCCGCUCAAAUCGGAGUAAUUUCUCGAGAUGCUUUUUCUAGUCUGAAGAAAAUUCAGCCCAUUUCUGAGUUCAUUGAAGACAGCAUUCCACAGCCAAAGCCUCUUCAUAUAGACACAGGGACUUUGCCCCCUACUCCAGGAAGAUUUGAAAUCAGCGAUUCUGCUUUUAAAAGACCAAUUGAAGAAAUCACGCCUUAUCAGACAAAAAGACUGAAAAAAGAAGAAAAUAUUGCUCCUAGUGUAGUGAAUUCAGAAAAACCGUCCGUUGUGAAUGAGCCUUUUAAACAAGCUGUGCCGGAAAAUAAAAUAAAAAUUCCUCCGUGAAAGAAGAUGCAAAUUCGGGUAGGAGAAAGGCAGAUAAAAAACUUUCCGGUAGUGAAAAGUGAGAAUAUUAAGCCAGUAAAAACUGAAGAAAAUUUGCCUGUGCUUAAAUUGGAAAAUACAAAAACAGAAAAAGAAAUCGCAAAGGUAGAAGAAAUAGUCAAGAAAGAAGAGAAAUCUAGCCCCUUCAGCUAUAUGAAGAUUAGAAUUCUAUAAAAAAAUCAUAUUUAUUUAUUAAAUUUUAUUGCAGUGCUUUGAAUAUUUAUUUUCAGUAUAUUUCUUUUAAUAUAAAAUCAAUUAUAAAGUUUUAUUUAUUUUUCAUACUUGCUCUUUAAAACCAGGGAAAAAAAAGUAUUUCAUUCAAUAUUAAAAGCAAGAUGGCAUAAGAGAGUAAGGCACCUGAAGUUUUAAUAAUCAAAGAAGAAUUUAAACCAGUUCCAUUGCCAAGCAUACAAGAUGACAAGGAAAAGCCUUCAGAAGAAACAAGCCCAGAAUCAGAAAGCCAAAAAAUAAAAGAGCCGUUAUCACCUACAAUGAGUUUCGGCGACCAAUCACAAAAUCCAGACACACUUUCCCAAACACCUAAAAAACUAAAUGACUCAAGCCAAAAUUCAUUUUACAUCAAAGAAAAUAAAGAACUUGAAAAAAUUGCUGAAGAAAAAACUGAAGAUGUCGUCAAAACAGAGCGCUCAACCCCCAAAUUUGACAAAGAAAUCAAAGACGAUGAAACAUCUAAAAAACUGGUCGAAAACGCUGUGAAAUUUGAUGUUCCUAUUAAAAUUGAUCCUCUGAUUAAAAACCCUUUUGAAGAUGUAAGCAAAGAAAAGAAUCCAUUUAUAAGUAAAACAAUAGAUGCAACAGUAAAGCCAAAGGAAAACGAAAAACCAACUGAAGCAGCUAUGGUUGAAGAGCGUCAUGAGCCUCCAAAAUUCAACCCCCCUCCUGCUGUGUCAAAUCCUUUUUUGUCAUCGUCAACUUUAACUACAACACAUAGCACAACCGACCAGGUAAAGCCAUUAUUUGUAUUUGGUUCAAAUCCCAGUUCUUCAACGACUCAAAAUAACCCUAUUCCUAACCCUUUUGGUCAGCCUCCAGCUUCUUCUCAAAAUCCUUUUGCAACUGCAAAUAAUCCAUUUUCAACAUCAAUACCCACAGCACCAAUUCAAUUUGGCCAGUCUAUGCCCCCUGCUUCCUCAUCAAUUCCUAACCCCUUUGGAAGUUCAAUAAAUCCCCCAUCAAUAUCAGCCCCAAACCCAUUUGCAAGCUCUACCAAUCCUCCUAGUAUCUCUAUGCCAAAUAAUCCAUUUCAGCCUACUUCUCAGUCUUCCACUAUAUCUCCUAUAGCUUAUCAGGUUCCUUCUCAGCCUCUAGCUGUAUCGCCUUAUUCUUAAAUUGCAUUAAAUUAAGUAUUUAAGGUUUCUAAUGCCACACUUACAUAAUAGGGACUAAAGUCAAAAUAGUGACGUCACAAGCAUUUCAAAUCCAAAAAGUCGACUGUCAAAAAUAAACUUCCAAUCCACCAACAGCGUCUCUCAUCCGGCGUGAUGCCGUUGCCUUUGCUUGACUUAGCUCCAUCACUUGCUCUGCCUAAGGAGCACCAUUCUCAGGUAUUUUAAGUGAAAAACUUUGAAUCUCUUCAUUGCCAUUAGAGUACGUACCCUAAUCCUAUCAGCAAGAGUUCAACCGCUAUUGCUGUACAGAAGUUCUCUAGGAAAACCAAAUCCCAUAAAUAAAACUCCAUGAAGGAGAAAAAUUAGCAGAGCUAAUUUCUCUUGAACUGAACGCCAUUUAUUUAUGCUGCAUCUCUCGCCUUAUCAGUCUUCCUUUGGAAACACCCAACCUCCUUUUCCUAGCACCCAAUCAAAUUUUAAUCAAAAUUUCCAGACUGGGAAUAAUAUUCCAAAUCGGCCCAAUUUUCCUGCAAACACAAAUUACGAUAUGGAUAUGGGAGGUAGCCGAGCUCCAGAAAUUUCAAAUCCUUUUGGAAAUCAGCCGUUUCCUCAAAAUUCCGCACCGAUCCAAGGUACAUUUAAUAUUGGUGCUUUGCCUAACAACAAUAGGAAGAUUUUGCGAGCAAAGCGUCCUUAA